AUGGCCGAGGCGGCCCCAGCUCCGACUUCUGAAUGGGAUUCCGAAUGCCUUACGUCCCUACAGCCCCUUCCCCUCCCCACACCCCCGGGAGCAAACGAGGCACACCUGCAGACUGCAGCCAUCUCCCUGUGGACAGUGGUGGCCGCUGUGCAGGCUAUAGAGAGAAAGGUGGAGGUGCACAGCCGGCGGCUCCUGCAUCUAGAAGGACGGACAGGGACAACAGAGAAGAAGAUGGCCAGCUGUGAAAAGACAGUGGCUGAUCUCGGGAACCAGCUGGAUGGCAAGUGGGCCGUGCUGGGGACCCUGCUGCAGGAGUACGGGCUGCUGCAGAGGCGGCUGGAGAACUUGGAGAACCUGCUGAGGAACAGGAACUUCUGGAUCCUGCGGCUGCCCCCGGGUGUUAAAGGAGAUAUCCCAAAGGUGCCUGUGACAUUUGAUGAUAUUUCCAUCUACUUUUCCACUCCAGAGUGGGAAAAGUUAGAAGAAUGGCAAAAGGAACUUUACAGGAAUAUCAUGAAGGGCAACUACGAGUCUCUCAUCUCUAUGGAUUAUGCCAUGAAUCAGCCUGAUGUCUUAUCUCAGAUUCAGCCAGAAGGAGGACAUAAUACGGAGGAUCAUGCGGGGCCAGAGGAAAGUGCCGUUCCCACCGACCCCAGUGAAGAGCCUGUCAUUUCAACAUCAGAUAUUCUGUCUUGGAUUAAACAAGAGGAAGAGCCCCAGAUUGGGCCCCCACAGGAGACCAAGCAGAGUGACAUAUACAAGGGUCCCUAUGCUGAUGAGCAGCUUGUCAUCAAAGCCGAAGGCCUCGCCAGAGCCUCCUUGUGCCCCGAGGUUCCUGUCCCCUUCUCUUCUCCACCACCAGCAGCAGCAAAGGAUACUUUUUCAGAUGUGGCUUUCAAAGGCCAGCAACCUGCAUCCAUGGCACCUUUUGUACAUCCGGCCACUGACCUGGCAGAAGCCUCUGAGGGACAAGUGACGUUCACUCAGCUGGGUAGCUACCCCCUGCCACCCCUUGCUGGAGAGCAGAUGUUCUCAUGCCACCACUGUGGCAAGAGCCUCAGCCAGGACAUGUUGCUGACCCACCAGUGUAGCCACACUAGUGAGCACCCCUUGUCCUGUGCCCAGUGUCCCAAGCACUUUUCUCAGCAAGCUGAGCUCGGCAGCAACCCCCAGACCCAUGCCAGUGAGACGCCCCCCACCUGCCCACACUGCGCCAGGACUUUCACUCACCCGUCAAGACUCACCUACCACCUACGGGUCCACAGCAGCACUGAGCGCCCUUUCCCCUGUCCUGAUUGCCCCAAGCGCUUUGCAGACCAGGCCCGCCUCACCAACCACCGGCGAGCUCAUGCCAGUGAGAGGCCCUUCCGCUGCACGCAGUGCAGCCGGAGCUUCAGCCUGAAAAUAAGCCUCCUGCUCCACCAGCGCGGGCAUGCGCAGGAGCGGCCUUUCUCCUGCCCCCAGUGUGGCAUUGACUUCAAUGGCCACUCAGCCCUGAUCCGACACCAGAUGAUCCACACAGGCGAGCGUCCCUACCCGUGCACAGACUGCAGUAAGAGCUUUAUGCGCAAGGAGCACCUGCUGAACCACCGGCGGCUGCACACCGGAGAGCGGCCCUUCAGCUGCACGCAGUGCGGCAAGACCUUCAUCCGCAAGCACCACCUCAUGAAGCACCAGCGCAUCCACACGGGCGAGCGGCCCUACCCCUGUGCCUACUGCGGCAGGAGCUUCCGCUACAAGCAGACGCUUAAGGACCACUUACGGUCAGGCCACAACGGAGGCUGUGGGGGUGAGAGUGACCCAUCUGGACAGCCGCCUGACCCACCGGGUCCUCUCCUAACGGGGCUCGAAACCUCUGGCCUUGGCGUUAACACGGAAGGUCUAGAGGCCAAUCAGUGGUAUGGGGAAGGUAGUGGAGGGGGAGUUUUGUGA